GAUGGUAGAAUUGAUCUCGCGAGAUGUAGCCUAAUCUGGUCGUUUGGUGGCGUUCAAACGGUCGAAAACACAACUUUACCACCAUCUAGCGGUUAAUUUAAAUACAAACCGUUUAAUUCACGCCAAUAUUAAACAUGAUAAUGAAAAGUUUUCAAAUUUAGUUUUUGUUCAGACAUGUUAGCAAGAAAUCGUUAAGCUAACAAGUAGACACUGGCGGUGUGGAGCCUAAGAAGAUCAGCACCAGUACAUCAUUCAGGGUUUCCUGCAGUCCAUUGUAAUGGAGGAUCUCAGUCAUGGACAGCAGCAGAAAGAAGUUGACGAUUAAGUGGCUACGAACUGCAGUCACCUCACCCACACAUCUUCAGGGGGGAGACACAGACACACCCUCUCACUGGAAUAUGUCACCGAAUGAAGAUUCAAACACUUUGCCCCUCAGUGACUCUCUAGGACCUGACGGCCUUGGAGCACUGAGUCUGGACACUCCCAAGAGAAAAGCAAAGGAGCUCGGUGAAAGCAUGCCCUCUUUAGGCAAAGUUAAGCUGAGGAAACUUUCCAGGAAAAAUUCUGAUUAUUUCAGAACUUCAAAGGAAAAUCUUAUGGACAACUCAUCCAAGCAGCUGGAAUCCACAGAGAGCCAGCAAGUAUCACCAUCUCCAUCUCACUCUUUCGUCUUGAAAAAGAAAGAGAGGACACCCGAGGAGGGAUCAAAGGCUAUAUACAGGAUGGCAUUGAUUGCAGCCAUUGACAGCACAAAAGCAAGAUGCAGCACUACUAAUAUCCCCAGGACUGACACUAACAGCCUGUCUUUGCCAUUUGUAUCCUCACCAGUGAAGACUGAAUUGCCCAGUCCAGCUUCACUUGACAAAACUGUCGUGAAAAUUUACUGUUCCUCGAUCAAACCUGAGAAUAAAUCCAAGGAAAGUGGCUCUAUCUCGGAAGAUCAGUGGUCCCCCAUUCGGGUGUUUGGGGACACAGAAGCCCAAAGUGACAGCUCAGAGCCAGAAACAGAUGGACGGAGUGUUGUGCUAAAAGGAGAAGAUUCACCCAAGAGAUUUGUUGCUCAGGACUCCGUAUUUGUGGAGACAACCUCUCAAGACAAGUUAUUUGCUACAGAAAAUGAACCGAAAGAUGAGGACUGUGACUCGCCCCUCCCUGCUCUGGAGUAUAUCCCAAAUUCUUUGUCUUGUUUCAAGACUCAUCAGGACGGCUCUUCUGACAGCCAACGAUGGCAAAGGCCCUUAGUGAAUACCCAGGGACCUGCAACUUCCUCUUUCACCUUCUCUUCCACUAAUGAAACCACUGGGGCCAUCCAAGCAGUGGCUGAGGACAUGGAGGGGCCUUUCUCACUGUCACAGAGGACAGUUUUUGUCUCAUUCAAGCAGCCCCACCCACAAAACAUGGGCCCUUCAAAGGCAUCCAGAGUUGAGACUGAGAAUUUCCGCUCCUCCAACAUUAUGGCCCAUUUAUCGGAUCCCUUUGCUCUGCCACUACACUCAAAUAGAGGACAAAUGAACCCUUACUUGAACUCCACAACCACACGCAGGCAGUCAGAUGCUGGCUCUUCCAUUCGUUACCCCCCCUACUCAUUUACUCGUGGUGCCACUCCUAAAAGAAGAUUAUCCAUGGGGGCAGAACCUAUGUGGACCAGUUACCCCUACCUGGACAAUCAGGUUGGUUUCAUAGACACACACUGCCAUCUAGACAUGCUCUAUGGAAAACUUGGCUUCUGCGGGACAUUCAGCAGCUUUCGUAGGCUGUAUCAAAGCAGCUUUCCUCCAGAGUUUAGAGGCUGUAUUGCCGACUUCUGCAACCCAGGGAUCAUGGCGAAGGAGGCCCUGUGGGAAGGUUUGCUGGCUGAAGACAUGGUAUGGGGGGCAUUUGGAUGCCACCCCCACUUUGCCAAAGACUACUCAAGUGUCCAUGAGCGCAAUAUACUGAUGGCCAUGCGGCAUCCAAAAGCUGUGGCAUUUGGUGAGAUGGGCCUGGACUACUCCCACAAAAACUCCACUGAUGCCUCCAGGCAGAAAGAGGUGUUUGAGCGUCAGCUGCGUUUGGCUGUGGCCAUGCAGAAGCCUCUGGUGAUCCACUGUAGGGACGCAGAUGAUGACCUGCUGCCAAUCAUGAAGAAGUGUGUCCCUAGGGAAUACAAAAUUCACAGGCACUGUUUCACAAACAGUUAUCCAGUGAUUGAGCCCUUCCUGACAGAGUUCCCCAACUUGUAUGUGGGCUUCACAGCCCUGAUCACCUACUCCAGGGCCACUGAGGCCCGAGAUGCUGUCCGCCAGAUCCCUCUUAACCGCAUUGUGUUGGAGACAGACGCACCAUAUUUCCUGCCCAGACAGGUGAGUAAAGAUGUGUGCCGGUUUUCACAUCCUGGAAUGGGCAUCCAUACUCUGCAGGAGCUGAGCCUGCUAAAGGGGGAAGACAUGGCCACAGUGCUCGCCACCAUCCGAAACAACACCACUCAGCUCUACGGUAUAUGAUCUUCAGCGAUGAUGGAUAAAAAAACUAGCAAGAAAGAGAAGACAGAAUCAAAGUUUUUGGAGCUGGGUGAACAUUUUAUAUUUUAUAAGGCUUUUUGUUUUAGAUUUAUCAAUCCUCCUUGUAGAGAUGUCGGAAUAUGGAGGAGCAGUCUAAUUUUAAACAACCAGUAAGACUCACAAAUUGAUCUUGCAUCAAAUAAAAGUCACAGAAACAACCAGUGACUGAAAUUAAAAUGUCUCUUAUCUGAUAGAGAUACUGUAUAUCAUUGUUUAUCUGAUUCUAUUUUACGGGAUUGUUCAUCAUAGAAAUUAAUUCCUAAGCAUUUUGGUUGUAAGUUAUGUUGUUGUUUUUGCUGUGUUGCCAUAAUUUGACAUCCCUUGCCUUGUUCUAAUUUGUCUGCUGUUUGUGUUGUCCUGCCGCUGUCGUCUAGUUUGGUUUGAUACAGUGGAGACGUAUUAAAAACCUUUAAUGAAAAACCUGCUUUUUAAAAAAAAUUGUAUUCUACGUGCAUGGUUUGAUGAAUUACUCAUUAAUGCACAUAAGUGAUGACUGAAGGGCACGUGAAGAUAUAAAAUGGAAAAGAGUAAAGUAUUGUCUGUAAUACAAUGACGCAAACACGUGUGGUGUUUGCUCUACAAAGCUGAUUCUUUAUUGAAGAAAGGAAGUGGCUGUGAGACUAGUCCAUUAGCUUGCUUUGAUACCACCAUGUUCAGCACACACAUUUGGCUUGAGUGCUUUUUAUUUUGAGAAUGAUUAGCCUGGCCUACUUGUGACAUUUUCUUGUGGUUAAAGUAUGCCAUCUGAGGAUAAGAUUAAUGGUAGACGUGUGUCCUGUAUGACGAGGGAUGUGUUAAAAUACAUACAUUCCCCCCUUUUCUAGGGUCAUAAUGAAAGCCUUGUUUCCAGAGUGUCAGAUCCUUUCCAGAAUGUAGGUCAGAGCACGCUUUGUUCAUCUGUGCUUUUAAUAAAGGCUACUACAAGGUGGAACACAGGACAGGACACAAGCAUUAGAGCUGUAUGUGCUUUGCCAUGAUUGACCUAGUUCUUGAGAUUUGAACAGGCAGUGUUGCAACCUCGUUCUGGGAAUUUGUUCAUUGGAUGCUUGCAUCAUGAAUAAAACAGCAACGUUUAGGCCUGUGAUGGCUGUAGGACUAUUAA